ACUUCCUCCUCGAUCCUCAGCAUUUUCUGCCCUUUGUUGAAGUUGUUCUCGAACUCAGAUCCCACUGCGCCUCGGAAUAAGGGGAUGGAAACGGCUCUAACAGGAUUCUCUUCCAUGGCGCGACUUCCCUGGGGCAGCCAAGUGUCGCCUCUUGCAGCGUCGAGGCCACAGCCUCCGCUGCCUAUCAAGAUCUAUGAAUUUGAAGCCUGUCCCUUCUGCAGGCUUGUGCGGGAGGUGAUUACCUUCCUCGAUUUGGAAGUCGAAGUCUACCCCUGCCCAAAGGGCUCUCAGUUCCACAGGGCGAUCGUAGAGGAGAAGGGAGGGAGACAGAUGUUUCCGUUCUUGGUGGAUGAGAACACUGGAGUGAGCAUGUACGAGUCCUCGGAGAUCGUCCGCUACCUCCUUCGCACCUAUGCCAACGGGGCCGAGACCCCUCCAUUCCUCUUCCAGAGUGUCCUGCUAUCAGGUUGGGUCCCCACGCUCCUGCGAGCUGGGAGGGGGAUGAUGCGCUUCGACCGGGCGGUGGAGGAGCAGCCAAGGAAGCUUCUGGAGCUGUACAGUUACGAGAACAAUCAGUUCUGCAGGCUGGUGCGGGAAGCUCUGUGCGAGCUGGAGCUGCCGUACAAGCUCAUCAGUGCCGGCAAGGGGGAGGAGGCUGUUGCAGUGAGGUUGGAACAGGGGAUCCAAGGAUCGACGAGAUGUCCUUACCUGGUCGAUCCUAAUACAGACAAGCAAGUUUCUGAUUCUGCGGAGAUCAUGAAAUACUUGUUCGAGAACUACGUCAGGGCGUGA